UCGUUCCGCCCGUAACGCCCCUCGCCUUCAAAACUCUGCUCCCAAUAAAGCUCGGAAUUCCUCGGGCGACCGGUGGAGAAGCCACAGUCUGCAUCAUAUAUUCUGCAGGACCUUCCGUUCUUCGCCGCCGCUCUGCCAUGAAAUCUCUGAAGAAAUCAGCGGUUCUCUACCACUACCCAUGCCCGGACGGGGCGUUCGCAGCCCUCGCGGCUCACCUCUACUUUUCCGCCACCUCGCAACCCGUUUUAUUCUUCCCCAAUACCGUCUACGAUCCUAUCAGGGUGGACACUCUUCCUUUAGAAAAGCUCGGCAAUGUUUACCUCCUGGAUUUUGUGGGACCCUCUGGAUUUGUAGCUGAAAUAUCUUCAAAAGUUGAGAGCGUGACAAUCUUGGAUCAUCAUAAGACUGCAUUUGAAACUUUGUGUGGAAAUGCUUCCAUUGGAAAUAAUGUGGCCAAGGUCAUAGAUAUGAAACGAAGUGGUGCUACAAUUGCAUUUGACUUCUUUAGGGAAAAGCUUUUAGCAAGAAGUAACAAUUCAGAAAAUCAUGCAGUGGGCAGUAAUGCUGUGGCUGGGGCAAAAUUUUUGCCUGACAGCAAGUUUGAAAGGGUUGGUAGGCUUUUCAGAUAUAUUGAAGAUGCAGAUCUGUGGAGGUGGGCUCUUCCAUAUAGCAAAGCUUUCAGCAGUGGCUUAAAAGAUAUGGAUAUAGAGUACAAUAUCAAUGUGAACUCAGCUUUAUUUGAUCAGUUAUUGGAAUUGGAUCCCGAGCAUGUCAUUGCUCAUGGACAAGUGACUUUGUCGCAUAAGCAAAGGCUAAUAGAUGAAGUUUUGGAGCAAUCAUAUGAAAUUGCACUAGGAAGUGGAUUGUUUGGACAUUGCUUGGCUGUUGAUGCUGAUUCCAUUUCGAACCUGAGGAGCGAGCUUGGACACCAGCUAGCUAUUAAGAGCCACAAUCUAAAACUAAGGGGUAUUGGAGCUGUAGUGUACAAAGUUCCAGAGAUUGGAGAUGAUCAAAUGCUAAAAGUAAGCAUCAGAAGUGUGGAUGCCGAGGACACAACACCCAUCUCUCAGGAAUAUGGAGGUGGUGGUCACCGGAAUGCAAGUUCCUUCAUGCUAAGAGCUGUAGAAUUCGAGACAUGGAAAGUGCAAACUGAACCUCCUAUUCAGGCAAAUGAUUGAAUGCUUGUCCUUUGGUUCAGUCAUUCCACAAUCCAGUAUGCAAGCAGGGGUGAUUUAUGCAUUUGGCUUGCAUGGUGGCUCGCAGCACUCUGUUGUAAAUUGUUCCAUUUCAUAGAAGGAAAUUUAUCAUUUUUAUGUUCAAGCAUGGCUGACAAAUUGGCAGAUGCUUCCUUGCAGUCCCACAUACAAGUGAUUGAUAGUUGUGCUUAUGUAAGACGAGCAAUGUAAUAUCAGUUCACGAUAGACUAGAUUUGCUCCAUGGUAAUCUAGUCUAGGACUGCCUGAUGGGUUCGCUUGUAGACCCAGAUGCAGGUUGGGAAUUUAGACACGUUAAUGGGUGUUUGGGCUGAAUUUUUAGAUUCGGUAAGUUAUUUGUUCUCAGAUUUAAUUGUAUUGAACCAAAUACCACUGGAUAUUUUGUACUAUGGAUUCAAAUUAUUUUAAGCCUUCACUUAUGGUCCCUUAG